AUAAUCAAAAGAAGAAGACAAACGCUCUGCAACAAGAGUGCAUGCAAAAGAUGUAGUAAAGGACCACGAUUAAAGUGUCACGUUUGAAGUGUCUAUUUUAAAAAGUCGUUUUUUAUUUGCAAAAGUCAAGCAUCAGGACUUUGGAGCAGACAUCAGGAUUUUGGACCAAACAUGUCGGCUACGGAAACUGACGACGGACACCAACCUCUGGCCACCAAUCAAGUCUCGUCUGUCCAAGUCGCUGGCGCGGUAACAGAAGGGACAGACCGAGAGUCCAUGGAAGCUGUUUCAGAGCCGGGAGCAUCAGCAGAUGUUGGAGACCCAGAGCUUAUUCACACAGCGUUUCCUAGACUCUCUGAACAUGGAAAGCAGGAUAACUUUGUUGCCUCUGAAAACGAAAUGGAAAGUAAAGAAAUUGAACCUAAAGAAAGUAAGACGGCCUCACAGUUGUCUACAGAAGAGACAGUGUGUACAGUUUUGAUUCACUGUGAUGAACCAGGCAACACCUCAGAGUCUGAAAAAGGGGAGGCCACUGAGGUACAAGCUGAGGAAAAGCCAGACAUUAACACUAAGGACAUCGACACACCGCAGGAAAAGGAGUCUCCUGGUAGUGAAGUGGCGGUAAAAACUGAGGAAAAGCCAGACAUUGACACUAAAGAGGACCUCGACACACAGCAGGAAAAGGAGUCUCCUGGCAGUAAAGUGAGGCUUUCUGCAGUGGACGACCUCGACGAGAUGAUGGACAUUGGUACAGUGGAUCAGGUGGAACAGGAAGCUCAGAUGAAAGCGGAGCAACAGAAUAGUUUGAUGGAUGUGGAUAGCUGCUGUUCACCUUCCAUUUCAAAUACAGCCUCAGUGGCAGAGGACACUAACUCUGUUAAGGAAGAAGCUGAUGAGAAACCCACUGUAUUACCUCCUGCAGAGGAGGAGGAGGACAUGAAAGUGUCUUUAGACGGGAUCCAGUCUAGCUUGUCUCCAUUGUCUGAAGCCAUGACCAGUACAGGAAGUGACAGCUCAUCACCAGCGACCGUAAUGAACGGGAUGAAAAUAGUUAAGAUGUCACUACCAAGAUUAAACACUGAAAGCGUGCAUGCUGCUCAGCCAAUCAAGUCUCCUUCACCACCUUUGGUCAAGGUGAAGGAUGAGCCAAUAGACGAAGAUUAUGAACAAGCUCUAACUCAACAACCUCCUACAGCUAGUGUGAAAGAUGAGCCCAAUACUGCAAAGGAGGACUUGAGGAUUGGAUCGGUCUUCUCUGUGAGCCCAGCUGCCGAAACACAGACGCAACCCAUCACCAACCCCUCAUCGUUGCACAUGUCCUGUUCCCACUGCAAUAAGAGCCUGAUGAAAGGACAGACUGCUUUCCAGAGGAAGGGCUCCCCAGCGCUCUUCUGCUCCACCUCCUGCCUCACCACGUCUCUCCCCACAGUCAAAGGAGUCUCUAAGGUCUGCCACAGCUGCCAAAAGUUGAUAUUUCGGCCUCAGGAUGUCAUUCUGACUCCAGAUGAUAAAGGCACCAUGAAGGAAUUCUGCAGCCAGAACUGCCUGACUUCCUUCAACUACAAGAAGGCCGCCGCCACCAAAACAGUACCACAGCCAGUAGGACCACAGUCACUCUGCAGCAUGUGCACCAGAUACAGCGUCAGUAAACAUGAGGUAAUCCUGAGCGGUGCUGUCCACAAGAUCUGCAGUGACGCUUGUUUUAACCGUUUCCGCACUGUAAACAACCUGUCCAUGGCCGGCUGGGUAAUGCGAAUCGCGACAAAAAACACACACCCCAAGAAAGAAAAAAGAAAAAAAAAAAAAAAAACUAUGGGAAAGGGAGGGGGGGGGGAAAAAAAGAAAAGGAAGGGGAAAAAAUUUUUUUUUAAAACGAAGAUAACCAAGGCUUGUACGAUGUGUCGCACUACCCGGUUGCUGGCAGAAACGGUUGACAGCAAAAACAGUGAUGACUCUGUUAACCUCUUCUGUAGCAGCAGCUGUGUGAUGGCAUUCAAGGUUCAGUCUGUCAGUGCAUCAGGUGCUCGGUUGAAUUGUGAUAGUUGUGGGAAAAACUCAGUACCGGCCUACCACCUGGCCAUGUCAGAUACCUCCAUCAGGAACUUCUGCACACUACCUUGUGUCAUGGCUUUUCAGGAUAAGUUCAAGAAGUCUCAGAAACAGGUGAAUGUUUUUACCAAGUUACCAAUGGGGUCCUCCCAAGUCCCGGCCAUCAUUCCUACUCAAACUCCACAAGACGUCCCCAAAGGACCACUGAAACUGAACUGCUCCCAGUGUAACCGCAACAUAGCUUUUAAACCUGAAGUCAUCCAGAUCAAGGACAAGAUAGUUUUUGUUUGUAGCAUGGACUGUGCUAACGAGUUCAAGAAAGACAAUUCUGUGACGAGCCUGUGUGAAUACUGUAAGAUCGAAAAGAUCACCAGAGACGCCAAAAGAAUCAACAACAAAGACUGCUUUUUCUGCAGCGACGGCUGUAAGCUCCUCUUUCGACACGACCUGACUAAAAACUGGGGGAAACACUGUCACUCCUGCGUCUACUGCCACAGUGUGUCCAAGAAGCUGGUGACGGCACAGUAUGGAGGCUCGACUGAGGAGUUCUGCUCUGAUGACUGCAGGUCCAAAUACACCAUGCUGUUCUGCCAUGUUGCAAAGUGUGACACCUGCGGCCGCAAAGGGAAACUGAAGCAGAGUCUUCCCAUGGUGGGAGAAGUCAAACACUUCUGUGAUCUGACUUGUCUGCUGCAGUUCUGCUGCGAUAAAGUGGCCACGCAAGGCGAGAUCUUCAAAGGUACAGAGGAGGCCACACCUGUCAUCGGCAACGUCAUCUCGCUUGCAGGGCCUCCUAUAGGCAACAGAACCGACCAAACAGCCCAGCAAAGUACACAACACACAAACACAGGCAUCGUCUUACAAUCAAAGAACUCUGGACAUAAAGAUGCAGUGAAAGUUCACCCUCCUCCUGCCCCCAAAAUCCUGAAGAACAAGGCCCUGCUCUGCAGACCAAUGGUGCAGAACAAAGGGGUCUCCUGUAGAACACAGACAGCUGAUGUCGAAGCACAGACAGAUGACGUCCUCCCUAAAAUCAUGAUCGUUCCUAUCCCAGUGCCGGUGUAUGUUCCUGUACCCAUGAACAUGUACAGCCAGUGUACCCCCAGACCUGUGGCCAUGCCAGUACCGCUUCCUGUACCCAUGUUCCUUCCUGUUACAAUGGACAGCGCCGAACGCAUUGUGGAAACCAUCCAGGAGAUCAAGGAAAAGAUCCCGUCUGACCCCUUCGAGGCGGAGCUCAUCCUCAUGGCGGAGAUGGUUGCAGAACAACAUGAGAAGAAUGACAAAGAGGAGAGACCGAAGGAGAAAGUGGAGAAAGACAGAGAGAGACAUGGAGCAGCUACUCCAGCAGAGCACACCAGUAACUACAGUGAUGAUUUGGACACAGACGACUUGACCAGUUUCCUCAACAACUGGGAGGACACCUCUGAUGCAGGUGUAAGGUCUCCCAGUCGACCGUAUGGUCUCGAUAAGCUCAAUCCGAUUCUAGACAUUCCUGUGGCCAGUGAGCAUUACUUCCAGCCCCCACCUCCACCUUCAGCUCCGCCUCCCAUGGACAUCGAAGCUGACUUUACUGUCGAAACCUUGGAGAGAAUGGCCCGGCUUAGAGAACAGUCCCAGCGAUCCCCGAGCCCGCCUGCCGCUCAGCGACGACAAGCUCACAGGAAAGCCCGAGAAAAGAGGGGUCGUAAGUCAAAGCGGUCUAAGGCAGCUGAAGCGUCAACUCAAAAAGGCGUUUCUAACAAGGCCUUGGCUAUAGAACUCCCAAAACUGAAGAGUCAGUAUGGUGUUGACUCCUGGAAGCGAUGGAUCCAGUGGAGGCAAACUCAAUCCAACCUGGAGACGCCACGCUUUGGUUCUCGUCCCAUGGAGUUGAAGGAGGAUGUUCUUCGCUGCACCACUGCUGAGCUGAGCUACGGCCUCUGUUGCUUUAUUGCUGAGGUGAAACGAACCAACGGAGAGCCGUACUCCCCAGACAGCCUGUUCUACCUCUGCCUCGGCAUUCAACAGUACCUGUUUGAGAACGGUCGUGUGGAGAACAUAUUCAUGGAUCGCUUCUACAAUAAAUUCUCCACUGAGUUCAAUAAUAUGCUGAGAGGUUUCAAGCCCUCGAUCACAGCAAGUGGUUAUAUCCAUUCCCGUGUGGAGGAGGAGUUUCUCUGGGACUGUAAACAGUUGGGGGCGUACUCCCCCAUCGUCCUCCUCAACACCCUCCUUUUCUUCUGCUGCAAGUACUUUGGCUUCACCACGGUGGAGCAGCACCGCCAGCUGUCCUUUGCUCACGUCAUGCGCUGCACCAAAACCAACCAGAACAACACCAAGACCACCUUCCUGCGCUUCUACCCGCCAAUAUCCAUAAAUGAGCCAGAGUCUAGUACCAGUACGACUGAAGAUCCAGAGGUUCCUGCAAAGAAGCGUAAGGAGGAGGAGAGUAAAGAGGAUAUCCUGGAGAUGGCGGAAAACACAGAAAACCCUCUCCGCUGUCCAGUCAGACUCUACGAGUUCUACCUCUCCAAGUGCUCGGAGUCAGUCAAGCAGCGCACCAACCUGUUCUACCUUCACCCUGAGCGCUGCUGCGUCCCCAACAGCCCCCUGUGGUACUCCUCCACGCCUCUAGACGAUAGCACCAUGGAGGGGAUGCUCAUCCGCAUUCUUACCAUCAGAGAGCUUCAUCUUACAGCGAGAAAAGAUGGAGGAAUGGAGAAGAAGACACCCGAUGAUCCACCAUUUAUACCUGACGAGGAGGAAGAUGGGGAUUCAGAGUGAUGAGCAGAAUUGAUCUCUUAUUGGCGCAGCAGCUUGUGGUUUAAAUGUUUGUAGAUACACUGACAUGUUCAUUUAAAUGUGGCCCAAUAAACAGAAACGGACGGAAUAAAUAUCUCACUUACCUGCAAUGUACAGAACUACAAAGAAAGUCAUCCUUCCUUAACCACAUGUUGUGUAGGUGGCCUUUUUGGACCGAGAUACAAGACUCAGCUCAACAUUCAGACUGACAACUGCUCAGCAGGACACAUAGCUUUCUUCUGUUUUUUUUUUUUUUUUUUAUCUGGUGAAAGGUUGCUUCUCAUAAAUUAAUACUUUCUUUCCCUUCCAUGUUAUGAUUAUAUACAUUCUUGUGCAAUUGGAUUUCUUUGUCCUUGUUUAAUCGAGCUACAACGAAAAAACAACUUUGAUUUCAGUUGGUGUCAGUGAUUAAAUAUCCACCCCAGAAGAGUUACUGAAAACACCUUUCUGUAAUGUAGAUGUAAGUCGCCAACCAUCAUGUUUAGUUGACAAACCUGCAGUAUGUGUUUAAUUUUUAACAAUGCAUCAAUGCCACGAUUUGGUAUUAGUCAAAGAGUACGUGCUUAUUUCCAGACCCAAGAUUUCGGCAGUUUUUAUACCCUAAGAAAGGUCAUUCCUGGAAAUUCAGGAUAUACACUUCAUAACGUUUAAUAAUAAAACAAUUCUUGGAAUUCAUAAGAAAGCACAGAUUUGAUUAUACCAAAGUCUGACAUGACACACCAUUAUAUCUUCUGGUAUAAUUGAUGUUCCAGAGGCUUUUCCAACUUGCAAAAUGGUAAAAUGUAAAAUAUUCAUCAGAUUAACUGACUUUGAAAGGUCUGGUCAUUUGAUUGUGAGAUUAGUGACAUUUGACAUUACAUGAAAGAGUCAAACUGUUAAUCUAAAUUUCAUUUUACCUCCGUAAUAGCGAUGGACGUAUUUUGAUUACCAGUGUCCAACUGAUGGGAUUUAAAAUGUUUUUGGAAUUCAUUGAAAUACAUUUAGGAAAAUAAUGUCAAAGAAUUUAACUGAUAUCACGGUUUAAAAUGCCUGACAACUUUCAUGCCAUUUGAAAAAAACAACACAAUCCUUUUGUUGACUGAACAUAAAAUAAAAUACAGAAAUACUC